UGAAGGAGGAAUGACUGGAGUCCCUGCUCUCGCCUCUCAAAUCCAAUCCAUUUUUUCUUUUUCCCGAUAAAAUAUAAGGCCUUAGAAUUUUUUCUUUUAUUAUUAUUAUUGUUGGGAAAAUAGUAUUUGGUUUUGCAAGGAAAUUGUUGUGGAUGGCACUGAGCGCCUCUUCUGCUUCACUGUCUUCUUCGUUGGGAUUCAUUUCGCGUCCGCACGAAAACCCUAGGAGUUCGUUUCGAUACAAGCAUGUAAUACUAGGCGUUUCGGAAGACGAAUCCUCAAGGACUUCAAUUCGUGUUUCGGCAAAUUCGGGUUCCAGAGCCCGGUUCGUUGCUAGGAGGGAGGAAUCGAUUUCAGUUCGACAACUCGCACGGCCACUAAGGGAGUAUAUGAGCUUGCCGGCCAGUCAGUACUCUGUAUUGGAUGCAGAGAGAAUAGAGAGAGUGGAUGACAAUACCUUCAGGUGUUAUGUAUACAAAUUCAAGUUCUUUGCUUUUGAAGUUUGCCCCGUUCUGCUUGUUAAGGUUGAAGAGCAGCCCAAUGGGUGUUGUAUCAAGCUUUUGUCUUGCAAGCUCGAGGGCUCCCCAAUGGUUGUUGCACAGAAUGACAAGUUUGAUGCUUAUAUGGUGAAUAAAAUUUCGUGUGAUAGCAUCCCAAACAACUUGUCGGAGGAGCGACUCACUUCAGAUACUGUCAUUGAGGUAAGCAUCCAAAUACCGUUUUCAUUUCUUCCAAUUCCAGUGGAUGCAAUUGAAUCAUCUGGGACCCAAGUCCUUCAACAAAUUCUGAGGAUUAUGCUUCCCCGUUUUAUGGCACAGCUUGUUAAGGAUUAUGAAGCAUGGGCUUCCGGUGAUACCUCAAGGCAGCCUCUUGGAACCGGUGAAAUAUGAGGAUCUGGGUAAACUUCCGCUGGCUACUUUCAGUUGGGUCAAGUACAUGAUUAGUAUUCAAGUGUAGUCGGAGUUUUGUUGGUACACCAUUUUCACUUUUUCCCAACUUAUUUUGUUCGAGGAAGGAAAGAGAAACUGAUAAAAUUGUGUUUUAAGAAUUAUCUUACAGAUUAUUGCUUUAGUUUCUUUUCCUUAGAAAAAUUUUACACUUAACAUAUCGUUAAACAGUUUUUUCAUCCAUGCCUGUAAUUUUAAUAUCUAUAAAAGGUUGUAGUAUUUAUUGUAA